AUGGAGGAAGCCGAUGAGUCUGCAACAGGGCCUGCAAAGGAUGUGAAACUCCCCGAAGAAGCCGACGGCUCUUCGUCAUCUAAGAAAAUGUGGAGCUCCGCCGAGCCACUAAUGGAGCGGGAAGGAAAAAGAGGAUCUCGUCUUAAGGGCUCGGCCAUGCCAAAGGAAGAUGGUGAUGAAGCUGCACUCCUGGACUCCACCUCCCCAAACCUUCUCUACUUACAGCCUUUGCCAACUCAACCAAAGGACACCAUCCACUGGGUGCCGAUUCAUGAUUUCCAUGAGAAGGGGAUGGAAAACGGUCAAACAGCACCUGAUGGCUUCUUGUCCAAAUCUGUCCCUCCAGAUUUCAUAAAUAUGGCAGGAGAUGGUGUUCCACCCAAGAAAUUGGAUUCUCCCUCUGAUCAGUUGGCUUGUGUCGGGCAAGAUGGAGCAAUGCGCAAACCUGGUAGUAGUGCACGUGGAGGAGGAGCCGGGAGCAGCAGUCUCUCUGUAGAUGGCCCCAAAGCCGCAGCAAUGUCUGCUUUGGGAACCAUGACCAAUACAGUGCAAAUAAGUUCACAGAGAGCCAAUGAUGAUAUUAAACAUGAAUUAAUGAAAGAAGUUCGUAGAUUUGGACGAAAGUAUGAAAGAAUCUUCAUUUUGCUUGAAGAAGUGCAAGGACCUCUGGAAGUCAAGAAACAAUUUGUUGAAUUUACCAUCAAGGAAGCAGCAAGGUUCAAAAGGCGAGACUUAAUUCAGCACCUUGAGAAGUUACUAGAAAAAAUAGAUUCUGACCACCUUGUGGAGGAUGAAAACAUCCAAAACGUGUAAUCGUGUUAUCACAACAACCAACAAGCAACAUGAGCAAGUUUGCCGUGCUCUACCAGAUAUUGUUCAA